AUGUCCGUGUCUGCAACAACAACACCUCGCACAUCGACUGACAAGCUGAACCCCUGGAAAUCGCUUUCUUCUGCUACAUCCAUCACCUCCUCUACAUGCGGAUCCACACUGAAAGAGCCAAGCAAGACACGAAGCUUAUGGAUCUCUAUCAAGCGACAUACACGAGAACACCAUGAAAGUCUGAACGCGGCGUAUGCGACAUACUAUGGUCAAGGAAGUCAUCUGGAUGAGCAUCGUGAUGGAAGGAACCAAGAACUCUGGCGAUAUCGCCGUGGUGGGUAUGCCUGA